AGAAGCAGCAGGCAGUUGUACAGCUGACGAUGGCACAGGCACGGCAUUCAAAUGACAGUUUACACAUCAGGCUAAGCACAUAAACGUGCUAGUGCAAACCUUAGCAACGAGAACACCUCCUCUAGGAAGCACAACAAUUUUUAUUAUAGAUUAAACAAGCUCCAUCAGGGGGAAGAUGACAACCCGUAAGUUUUGGAUCUUUGCCUUGGUUGUAGUCAUCUUCAUUGGGAAUAUGUCUUAUUUUUACUUUAACAAAAUCAAAGUCAGUACACUUAUGGAAUUCAUCCAAAGAAGUGAUCAAGAAAACUCUUCAGAGACCCAGGCAGCCACCGUCCAUCCACUUACUGGCAUGUGGACUGUAGGCCCCUCGGGUCGGCUAGGAAACCUCAUGGGGCAGUACGCAACACUCUAUGCACUUGCCAAACUCAAUGGCCACCAGGCCUAUAUCACGCAAAAUAUGCAUAAUCAGCUGUCAAAAAUAUUUAAAAUCAAGUUGCCUGUCAUUAAUGAUGAAGCUGUCAGUCGUAUAAAGUGGAGAAACUAUUGGCUCCACGACUGGAUGUCACCAGAUUACUAUAUCAUACAAGGGGAAUAUGUUCGAUUCACUGGCUACCCUUGCUCCUUUACCUUCUACGACCACAUACGGAAUGAGAUCCUCGAGGAAUUUACAUUCCUUGACUAUGUUAAAGAAGAAUCCUAUGCCUACCUCGACAAAGUCAGGGGAGAUCAGAAAAAUGUUACGUUUGUUGGGAUCCACGUCCGCAGGGGGGACUACGUUCAUGUAAUGCCCAAUACAUGGAAGGGGGUGAUUGCAGACAAGGGGUACUUGGAUAAAGCUACAGACUACUUCAGAAAAAAGUAUGAGAACCCCUUGUUUAUAGUAACCAGCAAUGGAAUGGCUUGGUGCAAGGAGAAUAUGAACAAUUCAAGAGGGGAUAUUCACUUUGCUGGAGAUGGUCAAGAAGGUUCUCCUGGGCGGGAUUUUGCUCUCUUGGCCCAUUGUAACCACACUAUAAUGACUAUAGGUACUUUUGGGGUCUGGGCUGGAUAUUUGGUAGGGGGUGAAACUAUCUACCUUGAUAAGUACGUUUUGCCGGAUUCCCCGUUCCUAAAAGUGUUUAAGUACGAAGCUACUUUUCUUCCCGAGUGGAUUGGGAUUCCUGCCGACCUCUCGCCCCUUCUUGGGAAGAAGGACGGACAAUAAACGGCCAGAUUGGCUCUUGCAGUUCAUUGGGAAUGGUAACUGCAUCCUAGGUUACCUUGAAACAACCAUUGUUACCUCA